UUAACUAUUUAUUUGUAUGAUACAGCUGGCAUUAAUUGUUCAUUUUUAUGCAGAUGACACUAUUUUAUAUGCCGCUGGCUCUUCUCUUUAUCUGGCCAUUGCAAAUCUACAGUCUGCGUUUGAUGCAGUUCAGAUCUCUCUCAUCAAACAUAAGCUUGUUUUAAACUAAAACUAAAUGUAUGCUAUUCUCGAGGUCACCUAAGAGUAUCCAGCCUACUGGCCAUAUCCAAACCCUUCAGGAUUCUUAAAUCAGAAAUACUUUAUUGAUCCCCGAGGGGAAACUCUUUCGUUACAGCAGCUCGCCUUUACGUCAGUGCACACAGGAAACUGUUGAAUUUUAUAAAUACUUGGGACUCUGGCUGGAAAUCAGACUCACUUUUUAUUUUAAGAUUUUUUUUUCGGGCAUUUUUGCCUUUAUUGGAUAGUGACAGCUGCAGUGAGAGACAGGAAAGGUGGGAGAGCGAGAGAGAGAGAGGGGAUGACAUGCAGCAAAGGGCUACGAGCUACAUGAUGCGCUCUCAGGUGAGCUACCGGCGCACCUGUAAAUGCUUUUCUUAAUUGUGAAAAUGUAUAAUGUAUGUCCGUCUAUGCUUAAACUCUCUCUGUUUAUUGUAGCCUCUGCAGAUGAUUCACACACUCUUACUGGCUGAAUCUCAGAUCGUAUAAUCACACUUUAGCAGACAGGAAGUGGAGUCAGUGUUGAUGUGACUCAGCCUUGUUGCUUUGGCCCCUGCAGUGUGUUGCUAAGGGCCCCGGGGGUCUGAGCUGCUGAGAAGUCUUCAUAUCUAAUGACAGUGUGUCUGCUUUCAAAGAGAGUGUGAGAGAACACCUGGAUGAUCUCACACACACACACACACACCUGAGACAGACAGGUGUGUGUUUGCACUGAAUCAGCUGUGAAUCAGAGCGGAUCUGUUGGGUCACAUGACUCAGAGACGAGCAGCUGAGUGAACUCCUCACCUGAAAGUCUCUUUUCAUUCAGUCGUGUCAGAGUUGGAAACAUGUCGCGGAGGAAACAACCCAGACCACAGCACGUCCAGACUAAUGAUUUAUCUUUAAACGGAUACACUGAAGAUACAUCUCUCAGUUCGGAGUCUCCUCCUGCAGCGGAUCGCUAUGCUCAUGUCUGCAGUCGAUGCUGUGCUGAGUUUAGCGCGCUAUCAGACCUGGAACAACAUCAAAGAGAUUGUUCUCCAAAUCCUCCAGUUCUGAUUGUGAAUGAGGAUGAAGAUCUGCUGUCCGGCUGCAAAACUUUCCCUGCAGCCUCAUUACCAGCCAGCCCAGCAGGGGAGCCGGGUGAAACAGUUAAUAACUUUGAGAUGGAAAACAGUGAAACCCCAUCACAGGACAGAUCCAACAAAAGUGCAGGAUUCAUGGAUUGUUUUAGCAGCAGAAGUGGCCAUAGAAGUGUAGGAAGCCCAGGAAGCACCAGCAGUAACCAGAGCAUCAGUGGCACUGAAUGUAAGACUGACACUGUCCUUUGUACCUCAGUUUUCCCAGAAUCCUUAUCUCAACCUGACUGCUCAGCUGACCAAGAAGGAUACUCAUGGAUGAAGAGCAACGUCAUUAUUGAAAACCUUGAGAGCACUAAAGUGGCCGUGGCUCAGUUUUCACAGCUGACACACUCAGACAGCUGCCACAGUAAGAACGCCAUCUCGUCUCUGCUGCAGCAGCUCCUCACCCUGCAAAUACAACAAAUCCACCAGCUGCAGCUAAUUGAUCAAAUCUGUCACCAAGUUCUGUUGUUUGCUUCUCAUCAAGCCGAGAUACCAGAGACUCUGGUGAUCUGCACCAAAGACCUGUCAUCUUCAAAAUCCACCGAUCAGCUCAAGGCUCUCAGUGCUCAUCUGUCUCAGCAACUAGCUGCAGCUGCUGGGCUAGCCAAAUGCUUAUCAACUCAGUCUGCUAACAUAAGUGACUUCAAGCAUUUUACAGCCACAGAGCAGCCAAAUCAAAGUCAACCUGACAGCAAAGAUGUACUAUCAAUCUCAGAGUCCUCACAAACGUUUAGUAAGCUGAUGACGACAGAAGUUCGCAAGCAUGUUUCCAAAAAACAACACAUGGACUGUGGUUCUUCUAACUCCCAACUUAAUAUCUUGUCCCAAACCAAGAUGUCCUCUUUGAUGUUUAGCAAUAACUGCUUCAUCAGUAAGACUUCUGAGAACUCCCACGUACCUCAACCUUCAUCUAGCAGUGAGCACACAGCUUCAAAUUCUAUACCAAACAUCAGUGCGAUUGUGGAGGAUCUAGAUGCCCUGGCAGCCUUGGCCCAACAGAGGAAAUGCAAGAAUCUGAAGCUUUCUGCACCCACAGCAUCUUCAAAAGAGUCUCUCUUCAAACGCAAAUGCAGAUUUUGCGGCAAGGUUUUUGGGAGCGACAGUGCCUUGCAAAUUCAUCUGCGAUCACACACUGGAGAACGGCCAUACAAGUGCAACAUCUGUGGAAACAGGUUCUCCACCCGGGGAAACUUAAAGGUUCAUUUUCAGAGGCACAAUGAGAGAUACCCACACAUCCAAAUGAACCCUUAUCUUGUUCCAGAGCGCACAGGCAAUAUCCAAACCAAAGCUGGGAUUCCUUUUGGUAUGUCCUUGUCACCAGAGAAAGCAGCUGCAAGAUGGCUUGAUAGGUCACCAUCCCCAACUACAAUGACCUCUGGUUCCCUGGAACAGUCGGACUCAACCAACCUGUCCUCUCUCAUCAAGAAAGAGGAUGGCCUUAUGGUUGUACCCAUUCCCCUUGCUCAAGGUGAUCUUGAUUCAGCAGCAAGCAUGGACUUCAGGUUAAAAGCAAACCCUACAAAGGCCUCUGACACAGUGGAGACCAGGCAACGAAGAACAACAAAUCUUAAAAGUGAAGAUAUAAAACCAUCUUUUAACAUUGUCUCUAAAAUGAUGACCACAAAGUCAGAGGAAUCCGUUGAUGUCAUACCCCAUCCAUUCACACAUCCCAAUUCUACCUCAUUUUCAGGAUUCCUUUCAUUAAAACACUCUGACAACCCCAAACUCCGGCUGCCAUCAGACACCACUGACAAAAUAGUGUCAGACCCAAAUGAGUGUGUCAUCUGCCACCGCAUACUCAGUUGUCAGAGUGCCCUGAGGAUGCACUAUCGGACGCAUACAGGGGAGCGUCCGUACCAGUGUAAACUGUGUGGCCGAGCUUUCACAACGAAAGGAAACCUGAAGACACACCAAGCUGUUCACCGUGCCACAAUCCCAUUGAGGGUCCAGCACUUUUGCCCCAUCUGCCAAAGGAAGUUCACGAAUGCUGUAGUCUUGCAGCAACAUGUAAGAUGCAUACACAACAUACACAUGAAGGAAGGUCACUUACCCGAUCCAGACUUUACAAAUCCGAAAUACUCGGUGGAUUGUAAUGAAGGAUUUGGGGACAAAACAAAAUUGAAUCACAGGAAGAACUUUUCGAAUGACAAUAAUGGGGGCUUUUGUGACAACCAAUUGUCUAGAUUCAAAUCCUUAUCCAUCCGUUUGUCCCCAUGUCCGUUUGGUAAAAAUCUAACUGAUGCUAACAAAAAGACAAGUUACCACAGGCCACAUGGGGAGCUGCAGCUCAAAUGGAUCAAAACAGAGAGGCCAGAAGGAUCAAAUGAGGAAUGUCGUCAAACAAACAUCCAACUGGCUGCUGAAAGUGGUCAGUGGACUAGCGCAUUCCCCAUGUGUGACAGUUCAGCUUCCAAGCAGUCUCCUAGUGGCCAAGCUUCAAUGUAUUUUAAAACUGCAAGGCUAGACGAACCAUUACAGACAUGGCUCGACUCAACCACUUUAACACUCCGUGCAUCUGCUACAGCGCCCACUGACCUAAAAUUAUUUAACCACGCAGAAGAUUCUCCAAGCUUUAACCUCAGAGAAAAGGGGGUCCUGAAGAACACUUACUGUGAUAUAUGUGGGAAGAACUUUGCCUGUCAAAGUGCCUUGGAUAUCCACUACAGAAGCCAUACCAAGGAGAGACCAUUUAUCUGCACAACAUGCAACAGGGGCUUUUCCACUAAGGGAAAUCUCAAGCAACACAUGCUCACACAUCAAAUGAGGGACUUCCCGCCACAUCUCUUUGAACCCUCCAACGAAGCACCCAACCAUAAUGGCUCCAUGUUAUCCAUUGGCUCACAGGCUGUAAACACAGAGAUGACUGCUUUCCUGAACUCCUCUUUUAGGAGUGGCAAGGAUCUUUCUGGUCAUUCAGAGAGCUCCUCAGUUUCUGAGUCCCCUGAAUGUGCUGUGGCACCACCUCGCCGGACACCCAAACACCAUCACUGCAAGACUUGUGGGAAGAGCUUCUCCUCCUCCAGUGCUCUGCAGAUCCAUGAGAGGACUCACACCGGGGAAAGGCCAUUUGCCUGCGCUGUCUGUGGACGAGCUUUUACUACCAAAGGAAAUCUAAAGGUUCAUAUGGGAACUCACAUGUGGAACAGUGCCCCCAGUAGGAGAGGCCGCAGACUGUCUGUGGACAGAUUAUCGGUGGGAUUCGGGACUCCUGUUAAACUCCCUGAACCGCCACAGAAGAAUCCAGCGAUGGUUUCCAACAACGGAGGGUCUGUUUACCACUGGAACCAAAGUCCAGAGCUUUUCUCAGCAGGUUUGAAGAUGAAUGAUGUUUGUGUGAUUCAGAGUGGAGGUACGUCCUUCCCCUCAGGACACGUAGGACUGACGGAGAAGACACCUGUAGAAAGCAUCGGUGUUUGUCUGAAUAAACUUCGCCAUACAGACCAGUGACCCUCCUGUCGUUUGGAGGAAUAGUUAAAAAGACACUCACUGCUGCUUCACUGAUAUGAUGUUACUUACCAGUUUCAUACAAUUUUGCUGUGUGAAUUUACAGAUGACAUACAUGUAACAUAUCUCAAUAAAAAGUAUAAUGUUA